AUGGCGUCCUGGUCGAUCCCCAAAAAAGAGCUCUACUGUCUCUUCAAAGCCGUUGAGCUGAUGCUCGCUCUGGGUACAGUCACAGAUGAGCAGCAUCCAGAGCUAAAGGGUGAACGUCAAUGGGUUAACCUAUCUGACAGUGCCAUCGCCAUCUACAGAUUGAAGGCUAAGCAUUCUAAAUGUCAAAUGACUCCCCUAGAGACACGGUGGCUCGCUUUCAUCCGAGCAGCGUGCCUUGCCAACAAGUGGAAGGUCGUACAUGUGCCGAGUUCAAGUAACUUGGCCGACGGUCCAUCGCGAGGUAUCCUCCCGGUCACCCCCUUUACGGUUACCUUAGCUGAUGCGCGUCAAGUGGUACAUGGUUCUCCAGUUGUUCAAUACUGCCCCGACGAGUCUAACAACGGCAAGUCCAAGCCAACCGCUAUUGUUGCCGCAAUAUCACAAGUUGAUGACGCGGACCCACUACCCGAUGGUGUGGUGCAACGGUUGCCUAUAAACUACGCCGAGAUCAAGAAGCAUCAACAGGAUGACCCAAUCCUGAAGGAGAUUCGCGCGUGGCACGAAAAUGGUCAAAAAUGGUCUGUUAACUUCAAAUUACCUAGGAGCUUCCUUGAGAAAGAAGGGCCCUUAUACAAGAUCGAUGAUGAAAAUAGGCUAUUGUACCGCAUCACACUUGCUGAUACCAAGGGUGAGGUACAGCCUCGAAUCGCCAUUGCCCACGGUGGAUCUAACACGGACUUCAUCAACGCCAUUAUUGAUGCAGCACACAACAAGUAUUGUCAUCUCGGCUACCCUAAGCUAGCGGAGAUUAUUGGGGCUAUAUAUUAUAUACGUCAUCUCCAGGCGAUGGUCAAGAAACGGUUAUCAACGUGUGAUCCAUGUCAAAGGGUUCACGCACAGAUCAAGCACAAACGCCGUUUCGGGCGUGUCAGAUUCAAAGGCACCGCCCCUGGCCAGGUUAUGGCUGUCGACCACAUGUUAAUGACAGAUGGCAAGAGUGACUCCCACCCCAACAAGAUAUUCCGAGCUAUCAUUUCUAUAACCUGUGGGGUCACUGGGUUUACUUGGCUAAGGUCUACGUUCUCGCUCACUGUCGCUGAGCUAAUAUACCAUCUUGAAGUUCUAUUCGGAGAUUACGGCGCUCCGCGUGUGCUAGUGUUUGAUGGUUAUGGUGUCAAUACGCCUUGGCUCAAUUCUAACCAAUCUCAGCGACUAAAGAAGUGGGCUAGCGUUCUCGGCAUCAUUACAGUCACUAUACCUCCGCAUGGUGGUCCUUAUGCUGGGUGGUAUGAGCGUAAACAUCAGUUCGUGCGACAAGCUCUACAA